AUGGUUCCUUUGAUUAGGGAACGUUUAAAUACAGCUUUCAACAAGCAAAAAAAUUAUGCAGAUCCAAGGGAAAAAGAUGUAGAAUUUGUAAUGGGUGACUAUGUAUUCUUGAAGGUUUCUCCUAUAAAAGGGAUUAUAAGAUUUGGAAAGAAAGGCAAGUUGGCAAUCCGUUACAUAAGACCUUUUGAGAUCACAGACAUAGUGGGAGUAAUUGCCUAUCAGUUAGAGUUGCCACCAAACCUUUCUCAUGUCCACCUAGUAUUCCGCAUUUAUAUACUUAGGAAGUAUGUUCCCGAUCAUUCUCAUGUGCUGCAACUAGACAUAGUGAAGUUAAAUGAGAAUUUGACCUUCAAGGAGCAACUAGUAGCCAUAGUAGACUAUCAGAUGAGAUAG